CUCGGUGUCCUGUCUGCUUUUCUUUACUCACACACAGACACCAUUAACCUUCUUCCCGCCAGCCACUUGAACCUUCUCUCUCUCUCUCUCUCUCUCUCUGCUGAAGGCCGAUGCUUCAAUGGCCGCAGCUGUCACGUCAAGAGAUGUUCAGGAGAUCGUCUCCAAGCUCUCCUCCGACAAAGCCAAGCCCCGAGAAGAAGGAAUAAGGCUGCUGAAUACAUGGUUGGAUGGAGAACGAUCCAUCGCCUUCUGUAACUACCUUGCACACAACACUGCUCAGCUUAAACCAAAUGAAAUCCCUCACUCCGAAACCUGGCCGUUUCUCGUUACGCUGCUGAUUCAGUGCGCGUCGCUCGAGGUAUCAGCUAGCAAGCGACGAUCGCCCAAAUUACUAUACGCGAAAACGCUGAGAGUCGUGGUGCAACGAGCCGAAGAUAGCAAGUUCUCAGGCUGCACAUUGCCUUUGUUAUCCGUGGUCAAGCUUCUGUUUAAUCACAUAUGGGAUAUUUCAAGCAAUGUUCCGAGCUUUCAAUCCGAAUAUGGCUUGAUUCUGCGGCAUCUUUUGACGAUCAAAGACUAUCGUUUCCACAUGAGGAGGAAAAUAUAUUCCAGCCUGAUGCUUUGGUACAUGGAGAAGGUUGAGACUAGCCUAAAUGAGAAGAUUACAAGUCUAUCUAAUCCCAAGGAAGAAGUUUUUCGCUGCAUUUUGACGCUGCAUUCUCUCCUUGAGAAUCCUCCUGGGGACUUCCCAGAAAAUCUAAGGGAAGGAAUAGUUGAGGGCUUUGUUGGGAUUUUCUCUGCUGUAAGGGAUGAAGGAAAAAUUUCCCGUAAGCUUAUUGAGUGCGUAAACAUGUAUUUGCUUCAGGAUGGUCCAAAUCUAGGGUGUCUAUCUUGGAAAAUCCAUGAAAGUCUGCAGCAAUUUGUGUUCCGCUAUUGGUUGACUUCGCACGAUCGGAGUCUCAAGGAUGCAUUUACUACAUAUGCAAGGUUGCAAUUAAAUCUGGAAAGGGACAUUGGUGGUGAGAGUUCAUUAAUGGAUCAACUUGUUGACGUUGUUUGCAAGGAACUAGAUCAAAUCUCUAUGUCUAGCAGUGGAAACCCUAGGAAUGAAGUUGUUAAAGAUGACAAGGUGGGCUCCCUGAGUGGCGCGCACUGCAAUUUAGUUGAACUUGGCGCUCUUGUUUUUUAUAAGUCAUGUCGACACAUAAUAAAAGCACCUGUGGCUGGAAAACGGGCUAGAAGAGAGCAUGCUGCAGUUCAUCUAAAAGAAGCACUGAUGAAAGGGAAAUGGUUAUGGAAUGCCACAUUUUGUUGUCUAACACGUAAAUACUACAAUCGCAUGAGCAAAGACUAUUUCUUCUCUUGGUUUGAGACUAUAUACUCCAAACUUGGAAGAAUUAUGAAUGAUGCCAAUGUAGAGCACUCCUAUGAUGGUCUAUUUUGGACUUUGAGGAGUUUGCAGGAACUCUGUUCUGUUUUGCCACUUGCAGAUUUAACAAAAGAGAUUAGCUCGGGCUGGCAGUUGAUAUGGAAUACUUUGAUGCAUGGCCUUCCCACAUUCAGCAACGUCACAGCAGUUGUGGAUGUUGCUUUAAUGCUUCUUGGGGACAUAAUUGCAAGGGACCUUGUCAGUACUUGCAUAGUCCCUGAAGAUGUUUGGGGUCUUCAAUUAUUCAAUCAACUGCCAUCACUGUCUGUUCUGUACUUCAUUUCCAUUUACUUCUCAAGGAAGGGGUCUCAAGGUGACCUCCGGGAUAUGUUACACCUUAGGAAAAGCCUCUUACAAGCAGUUUUAGGUCAUCUAAGGUGGCAGGAGUCUUCCAUCUUUAGUGAAAGGAUUGUCUUAUUAUUCCCAGCGGCUGUGUAUGCCCUUUGUGCUGGUCAUGCUCCUUUUGAAUGUAAGCUUAAAGACAUUUCAUCUUCAAGCUUGCUUAAUGUUGCUGAGGCUUUUGAUGGCAGGUUCAAGGGAGAAGAUGAUCCAAAAAUUUUCGACUGCUCAGUUGAAGCUCUUGCCAGAAUCAAUUCAUGCUCUGGUGAUGAGGUUUACCUGGUGAAUUGCUGUCGAGGUGUACGUCUUCCUCGACAAUUAAGAGAUCAGCUGCUGCAUGACAUGGAAAUAUAUAUUCAAGGAGCUCUUGUGCAAGAUGAGAUCAAAUGCAGGCCUUUGCAAGAUGUCAUCUAUGUUUGUGCUUUAUACGCUAAUCUUAUAUAUGGUUCAGUUUUAACCAGGCAAAAGGAAGAAGUGUCACCAUUUCUGUCAAAAAUGGUCAUUGCCCUGUUGGAACUGUUGGAUUGUGCCACUGCCCUUAUUGAAGAAACCCAAAACAGUUUUCAUUCUCAAGGGUGUUUGGGCCCUGUUUCUUUGUGUGAUGGAACAAGUUCCAUUUUAUCAUCUUUUAGAAUAUUUGUCUCCUCACCCAUAUUUACGGAGCUGAGGAAUGAAAAGGCUUUGGAUGCUAUAUCUUAUUGUGUGAUGAAGCAAUCGAUGGAGAGGCUUUUGAGAGCAAUUAUUGGACUAUAUGAAGGAAAUAUAUGCAAAAGAAGCCCUCAGCCUGAUAUGGACUUCUCUGCAGCCGAGAUGCCUGAGUCUGUUCGCCCUAUUCCAGAUAAUAUAAGUCGGAUUAUGGAUAUGGAAUUGGAUGUGGAUGCAGAUUUUAAAGAUGCUGAUAUUUUUUCUGUGGGUGGAAAAGUCACCUCAGGCUUAGCCUUCUCUAUGGAGAAGUGGAAGUUAGGCAUGGUAUCACUGCUUUCAUGCUUUCUAACAGUUUUACAUGAAGCUACGUGGAAUAUCCUUUAUGAUUUAAUGAAAAGAGAAGAGAAUUCUAAGGUUCAUGAGAAUAUGUUACACCACAUUUGCCAGCAACCAUGUUGGUCCUCCAGUGAGAAUGUUUCACGCGUGGUUGAAAUGAUAGAUGACAUGAUGAAGGAACAAAUUGAUCUCAAGCUGGACUGCCAUUGUCUAAUAAGUGACAUCCGCAGUUUUAUUGGUGCCUUUUUAUCCUCAGAGAAAAAUGCUAAAAAGGAGAGACAGCACUUUCUCUCUCUAAGAAAAGAAGAAUUUGACCAAGACUUUACUCAACUUGGAGAGCUUGUGAUGAAAGUUGCUGAAGUUGACCUCCUUGAUUGGUCAGGACGAGUGAAGCUGGUUGAUAGCAUUUGUGAUUUCAUUUUACUUUGUCCUAAAGUUGGUCAGAUGUUGAUUGAAAGGUUGCUUCUAAUGCUGCGAGAUUCUGAUUAUCGAGUGAGAGUCUGUGUGGCUAGACGCAUUGGGGUUCUUUUCCAGACAUGGGAAGGUCAUAUGGAGAUGUUCCAAGAUAUAUGUUCCAACUUUGGGUUUCCUCUGGUAUGCUGCUUAAAAGGAAAGGUGAUCGUCUCGGCAAGGGAGGUUUUAGCAGCUGCUCCACAGCCUCGCCAAAUAAUGGAAACUGUUAUUGCUACGUUAAUGCAUAUUGCAUUACACAGUGAAAUAAUUGAGAUGGAGGCUCUUUUCAUGGUAUGUGUCAUCUCUGCAAUUGAUCCUUGUCAGAGAGAGUUGGUGAGCAUAGUGCUUGACAGCAUAUCCAAAGAGCUUCAGUAUGCAUGUAGGUCAAAGUAUCUGGAGGAAGUUCUGGGAUCUAUGAUAUUCAACUGGGUUGCCUGCAAUGUGAAUUUGGCUGCACUUGUUGAGAUAAGGCGAAUAUUUGUUUCUGAUGCUGAACCGAGUUACUUCAUGCAAUAUUGUUGGCAGUGGCUUCUUCCCGCACUCAUUCUGCAUGAUGAAAGCCACAAUCAGCUCAGUUGGCUAGCUCAGCUUGUUGGCCAACGAGUGAAAAUCCUUGUUCGGAAUCAUUUUGUGCCAAUAUUUGCAGUCUGUAUUGCAUUACACUGCUCUAGGGGAGCUGGGUCAGAAAAAGGAGGGGAAGCUCUUCAACGUUUCAUAUUGCAGUUUGCAGAAAUAUCUGAGACUGAAAGAGACAAGCUCAUUAGGAAGCAUAUGGUAUCUAUAGUCAGCCAUGUUUUGUCUCUUGUGUCUAACACGUCAGAACCCACAAUCCCUUUCUUUCCAAUGGAUACCAUAGUGCGUGCGAUUCAAACAGUUGUUGAUGGAUUUCUGGACAUGGGGGAAUAUCGUACUGGUGCUGGCGUCAUUGAUAAGAUCAACAUUUUUCGUCCUGAUAGAGUUUUCAUGUUUAUAGUAGAAAUACAUCACAAGAUUACCGCAGCGGUCCAUCACCGGCAUAAAUGCCACCGAUUGGCUGGAAUGGAGGUUCUCGUUGAAAUUCUUGGGCACAGGACUGCUGUUGUGAGCACUUUGAAUUACCUUCUCAAUUUGACUGGGCAAUACAUAGGUUGCCACGCUGUGCAAGAUCAAUGCUGUCGGAUAAUAUCCAGUCUGCUGGAUACUGUUGAAAAUAACGUCACAUCCAAAGAAAUCAUUUGUGUCUUGGGUGAACAAUUACAGUUUUUGGUGUCGAAGUUAGUGGAGUCUUGCUGUUUAUCCAGUCCUAAUGGAGAAAUUUCACAACCUGGGUCAUCCCAGGUUUUAUCCGUGCUUCACCGGCUAACUUUGCGAUCUGAUCCAUCUCUCCAUGACUAUAUAACAGAAUUGGAACCUUUUCCGGUUAUAGAUAUGUUGGGUGAGAUUCGGAAGUUCCAUGAGGAUUUAUGCCAGGACUACUCUCUUAGAGAUCACUUGUUGAAUUUUGUCAAGAGAUCUUGCUAUCUUCCACCUAGACUUCUUCUUUGGAGUCUUCAAGCACUGCAUAAGAAAUUUUUAGCUGCAGUAUCAUUUCAAAGAGAAUGGGAGAAUGGUGCUUGGCAUGAAGACCAAGAAGUUGUGCAAGCAGUUUGGACUCUUGUUCGCAUCUGUGCCUCAGAUGAUGCGGAUGGUGUUAGAAUGUUGGUUUCUGAUUUCAUAUCAAGGGUUGGUAUAGGUGACCCGCACUGUGUUGUCUUCCAUCUCCCUGAAGGCUCAAGUGGCAUUCAUGUUUGCGAACAUGUUAAUUCUGAAAGUGCUUCAGAGGUCAAUUUUACCCUGAAUACCAGCAUAUCUGAUGAACUCUUGGUUGCUCUAUUGAAGCUCUUGAAGAAGUAUCUAAUGGAUGAUUCUGUUGUGAUUGUUGAUAUGACAUCUCAAGUACUUAGGGGAAUACUUUCGACCGAAAGGGGUCAAAGUGCAUUAUUGUCUUUUGGUUCCUAUGAGAGGUCCCUUAUUGAGAUUCACUCUAGGGGUGUUAACAUGGAGGUGGUGGAGAAACUCCUGUCAGAAUUAGAGCAGAAAUUCAAGGCUGAAGCUAUGCCAUUAGAGAAGUCCUCUACAUGGGAAACUCAUGGUAAAACUUUUGAGGCGUGGAUCUGUCCACUAGCUUUCUCUUUGAUUGGGCACUGCAAUGAUGUCAUCCUGCGAUUAUGCCAAGAUAUUGUUUUGCUAAAAGCAGAUGUUUGUGAGCUCCUGUUGCCGAGUAUUAUGGUUGAUCUUGCCAGAAGGAAGGAUUUGGAUCGAAAUCUUCAUCGGUCGAUCUCUUCACAGGUUCAGGAACAUAUAUUUGUUGAGACAAAUAACUUAAUCAAGUCUGUUCAAGUAUUUCUGAAUGCCCUUAAUGAACUUCGUAUAUGCUAUGUUAUAGAAAGAUCUACUUCAGUUACUUCAAACCGAGAAAGUUCUAAGCUUGCGAAGCCUUCUAGCUAUGGAUCAAGAACUCGCUCCGCCUCCACAAAAAAUAUAGAUCAUCAUGCUAAUUCACUUCCUUCGGCAGUAUCAACAUCUUCGUGGGAAAAGGUCUAUUGGCUGUACAUUGAUUACCUUGUUGUAGCAAAGUCAGCUCUGGUUUGUGGUUCAUACUUUACCUCUGUAAUGUAUGUGGAGUAUUGGUGUGAAGAGAAUUUUGACAAUCUCACAUUGGGUACUCCAGAUUUCUCCCCUCAGGAAGUGCUGCGGCCCCACGUUGAAAUACUUGUCUCAGCAGUCACACAAAUCAACGAGCCUGAUAGUUUAUAUGGGAUAAUUCAGACACACAAUUUGACAUCUCAAAUUGUGACCUUUGAGCAUGAGGCAAACUGGAGCAAGGCCCUUGAGUACUAUGAUUUGCAAGUCAGGUCAGAAGCCAUGGUGCCGUUAGAAAAUGGAUCUAGAAGUUUGAUAGCAGGGCAUUCUGAAACAUCCUUUUCAUCAUGUUCUCCUACCAAUGAUGCCGUGAGGCUUGGAAAGCCAUAUAAAGGUCUGAUUAGAUCCUUACAACAAAUUGGUUGUACUCAUGUGCUGGAUUUGUAUUGCCAAGGAUUGACUUCUCGAAAAGGGCAGUUCGAGUAUGACCUAGAAUUUGCUGAAUUGCAGUAUGAGGCUGCUUGGCGUGCUGGGAAUUGGGAUUUCUCCUUACUUUCUGGGUCUUCUGCUUCGUCUUCUAGCCAACUGAUUAGAAGUGACCAUUUCAAUGAGAGCCUGCACUGUUGUCUGCGAGCUCUGCGAGAGGGAGAUUUAGAUGAAUUCCUGGGGAAGCUGAAACGCUCAAAACAGGAGCUUGUACUGUCUGUCUCUCAUGCAAGUGAGGAGAGCACUGAAUACAUCUAUUCAACAAUAAUUAAGCUCCAGAUUCUAUGUCAUCUUGGUACUGCUUGGAAUUUACGUUGGACAGACUUUCCAUCAGAAAGAUCAAAAGGAGACCUGAAAGUGCUGUCUGAACCUGUGAUACCUACCAUUGAGCAGAUGACAUGCCUAAAUUCUGACUGGGAGUCCAUUUUGAGACGGACACAGCUGCACAUGAAUUUGUUGGAACCUUUCCUUGCAUUCAGGCGUGUUUUACUCAAUAUAUUGAAUUGUAAGGACUGCUUGAUUCAACAUCUUUUGCAAUCAGCUUCGACACUUCGUAAGGGGGCUAGGUUUUCUCUGGCGACUGCAGCUUUGCAUGAUCUAAAAUAUCUUGCUGCUGGAGACAGGGAGCAUUCUUUAACCUCAUAUUGGCUUGGAAGGCUGGAAGAAGCUAAGCUUCUGAGGGCCCAAGGCCAGAACGAGAUGGCCAUCAGCUUAGCUAACUAUAUCUCACAGAAUUCCACACUGUAUGAAACAUCUUCAGAUGUGUAUCGUUUGAUUGGCAAGUGGUUGGCAGAAACUAGAUCAAGCAACUCUAGGACUAUUUUGGAGAGCUACCUAAAACCUGCUGUGGCACUGGCUGAGGACCAGAGAAGAACCCAUAAAGGGUUUAUAGAAAGACAGAACCAGACACAUUUCCACCUUGCACAUUAUGCAGACGCUCUAUUCAAGAGUUAUGAGGAUAGACUAACUUCUAAUGAGUGGCAAGCAGCUAUGCGUUUAAGGAAACACAAGACACUAGAGCUGGAAGCACUUAUUAGGCGACUGAAGAGCUCAACAAAGGGGGAAAAGACCGAUUAUUCAGUGAAAAUACUAGAACUGCAAAGGCAGCUUGCGAUGGAUAAGGAAGAAGCUGAAAGAUUGCAGGAUGACCGGGACAAUUUCCUUAGUCUGGCAUUGGAGGGAUACAAGCGAUGCCUAGUCAUUGGAGACAAGUAUGAUGUGAGAGUGGUGUUUCGACUAGUCUCCUUGUGGUUUUCUCUUUCUUCUAGACAAAAUGUCAUAAAUAACAUGCUUAGCACAAUUGAAGAGGUGCAGUCCUACAAGUUUGUGCCACUAGCUUACCAGAUUGCUUCAAGAAUGGGAGGCUCAAAAGAGGGUCACAGGAAAAAUAACUUUCAGUUUGCUUUGGUCUCUCUUUUGAAGAAAAUGUCCAUUGACCAUCCAUAUCAUUCGAUCUUUCAGCUUCUAGCUUUGGCAAAUGGUGAUCGCAUCAAAGAUAAGCAACGAAGUAAAAGCUCAUUUAUUGUUGAUAUGGAUAAGAAGCUUGCAGCAGAAAAUCUUUUGAAAGAGUUAUACUCAUAUCACGGAGAUAUUAUCAGCCAAAUGAAGCAAAUGGUGGAGGUGUAUAUCAAACUUGCAGAACUAGAAAUAAGGAGAGAGGAUACCAGCAAGACAAUGAAGUUGCCAAGAGAUAUCCGCAGUGUUCAACAACUGGAACUUGUGGUGCCAGUAGUAACUGCUACUAUUCCCGUUGAUCGAAGUUGUCAGUAUCGUGAAGGCACCUUUCCACAUUUUAAAGGACUGGAAGACUCAAUCAUGGUGAUGAAUGGCGUAAAUGCUCCAAAAGUUGUUGAAUGCCUUGGUUCUGAUGGUCAGAAAUAUCGACAGCUAGCAAAAUCUGGAAAUGAUGAUUUAAGACAAGAUGCUGUAAUGGAACAAUUUUUUGGUUUAGUCAACACUUUUUUACAGAAUCAUCAAGAUACUCGGAGAAGAAGACUAGGUGUGCGGACCUAUAAGGUUGUUCCUUUUACCCCCAGCGCGGGUGUUCUCGAGUGGGUCAAUGGCACUGUUCCUCUAGGGGAUUACCUCAUAGGAAGCAACAGAAAUGGUGGUGCACAUGCGCGGUAUGGGAAAGGAGAUUGGACUUUUCCGAAAUGUCGAGAGCAUAUGAGUAAUGCAAAAGACAAGCGGAAGGCAUUUCAGGAAGUUUGCGAGAACUUCAGGCCUGUAAUGCAUAACUUUUUCUUGGAGAGGUUUCUACUGCCUUCUGAUUGGUUUGAGAAGAGACUUGCUUAUACCCGAAGUGUCGCAACUAGUUCAAUGGUGGGUUAUAUUGUUGGUCUUGGAGAUCGGCAUUCUAUGAACAUUUUAGUUGAUCAAGCCACAGCAGAAGUUGUUCACAUUGAUCUCGGUGUUGCCUUCGAGCAAGGCUUGAUGCUUAAGACGCCAGAACGGGUUCCAUUCAGACUCACGAGAGAUCUUAUUGAUGGCAUGGGAGUUACGGGAGUGGAAGGUGUGUUCAGAAGAUGCUGUGAGGAGACCCUCUCUGUGAUGAGGACAAAUAAAGAGGCACUACUAACCAUAGUGGAAGUUUUUAUCCACGAUCCAUUAUAUAAGUGGGCUUUAUCCCCUUUGAAAGCCUUGCAACGUCAGAAGGAAACGGAUGAUGAUCUAGAGAUGUGCUUUGAAGGCUCUCGAGAAGAAACUGAAGGAAAUAAGGAUGCUGCAAGGGCUCUAAUGCGCGUCAAGCAAAAGCUCGAUGGAUAUGAAGGUGGUGAAAUGAGAAGUCUUCAUGGGCAGGUUCAACAACUCAUACAGGAUGCGAUCGAUCCCGAGCGGUUGUGUCAAAUGUUUCCGGGAUGGGGAGCUUGGUUGUGAUGUAAAUAACUAGCUGUUGCACUCCAAAUGACACCCAAUAAGACCAUGUACAGGCGGCAUUUUGAUCGAUUUGUGUGUGUGUGUGUGUGUGUGUGUAUAAAUUCAUAUUCACUCGAGUCAUGUAUUGGGUGGAAUUGGUGUUAGCAAUGACAUGAAUGAAAAUUUUAUAUAUUUUCGGUGGC